UUGCCAAUGUAAAUCAAGAUGGCGGCGAUCAACAAAAAUUGAAAUUCCUUACCGCGUUAAAUGUAUAUUUACAAAAUGCACUAAGGAUAACAUAUCAACACUGUAUUGUUAGAAAAGUCAAGAAAAAACAUGUCGGAAGUGCGUGGUGCAUCACAGGCAAGUUUUGCCAGCCAGUCACAGUACUCCGAGUCUACUGUGAUUAACCAGGACCUUGGGGAUGUACCUGACCUGUUUGUACAAGAGGAUUCAGCUUUCAUAGCCCCUUAUCCAACAAAGUUAGAAGAGGAUCUUAUAGAAAGUGUAAAAUCUGCCAAAUCGCCGGCUGUGAAUUUUCCUGGUACAAUACCAUUAGAAAGAUCUAAAACAGUAGAAGAGAUGAGGGUAAAGCUAGGUAAUGGUGAUCCAAAAAGUAAGGCAGAAAUGCUGAUGUCAAGAUUAAUAGAUAGACCAGCAAACUCACAGGUGCUGAGGAUGGUCAAUCCAAUGAUGCGUAAAAUACCAGCUCCAGGUAGAGAAGGAAUUGAGAAGAAAAAGGGCACUAGCGCUCCUGUUACACAUUCACAGGAAAAGUUACUGUCGCAGGCAGGACUGGUUCCCAGACCUCCAUCUGGUAGGGAGCAGAAUAUACCGGGCAACAGUUUUCGUACCACUAUGUUUAAACGAGAUUACCAAAGACGGCAAAACAUCAUCAAAGCCAAACAGAAUAAAGAUAUAGAUGAAGCACCAAAACUGUCUGUUGGAAUGUUACACAAACCAAAGCCAGUAGAACCUCCAAGAUCUGUGAUAUCUGAAUCUGAACAGUCGGAUGACAGGGACGAUGUAUUUGCUGAGCUCGAAGAAUUAAUGGGACCGGAUGCUGAUACUGUCAUACAAACAGAGUUUGAGACACCGACUGUAGAUACACCGACUGUAGAUGAAUCAGUUUUAGUAGAAAGAACAGUCACUUUUAGUAAAGCGCAGACUCCCUCACCAUCUACUGACUUGCCCACAAUGUCACAUCUUGACACUCGUCAAACAACUAAGAUGACUGAAGAUGAUGUGAUGAAGGUCACCGGAGAGAUACCGAUUAUAGAGAAAAGAGACCGACCUCCAUCAGGUCAAAGGUCAAGGCCAACAUCAGGGUCAUUGCAGGGUUCAAGGCCUGGAACAGCUAGCAAACAGGGGAUGCCAAAAUCUGCAGUGAAGAAAGAUAUGUCAAAGAUACUAACACAUCUGAGAAAGAAUACGUAUGAUGAUACAGACAAGUAUCUCUAUAUAGCCCCAGAAAAUGAUGAUGUUAUGUAUCAUAUACACAAACUACGGGAGAAACUUGGAUGGAAGACAGAGAUACCUAGACAUGCACCAGGAUGUAAAGAAAAUAUGGAAAAUCUUAAAGACAUUCCUGAUAAUGAAAAGGAGGCCAGCAAAAUGAAACAAGAUGCUGGGGACUUUGUGUAUUGUCUGCCAAGGAAUAGGGUCAACAGAAGGAGUAGGUAUGAUCCGUAUGACCUGCAGGUAGUCUCGCCCAAUGAGUCAAGGUCUGAGAAGGUUUAUUGGACUGUUAGUGCUUCAUUUGUUACCAGGGUUGUACAAGACAGUACAGAUGUUGAAGGGGAAUCGUUCAACAUACCUGUGUUAUGGUGGCUGUGGGAGAGAAGAUUGUUCUACAAUAUCAAUAAUCUACCUGUGUUUGUCAAGUUCAGAAAAUGGAAGACUUUCAAAAUGUGGAGAAAAGCUAUACGUCUGCAGAAGAGUGGCAAAAGCCAAAAUAAGCUUUACAAACAGCUGUUUGUUGCCAAUGAGGUUUUACAAGGGUGCCUUAUUCACAUUAGAAGUCUAUGUGAGGCUGCAUCUGGAAGUUUGACUGGCAUUGGGAAAGGUGAAUGUGCAAUCAGCUUGGUGAAGUUAGAUAAAUCUCUGACCUUGACCUUGGAUGAUUUCAAAGACAUGCAGCAGACGCAGAAUGAUGAAGCUUGGAAAAUGCUGAAUACACUUAGAAAUAAGAUUAUAGACAUAGCCUGGGAAUCAUGUGCCACUGUGGCAGAAAUGGAAGGGAUCACACAUGGAAUCAGACCUGGCAGUCCAAGGAAGGUGAAGAUCAAGGUACCAGAGGAACCUAAAGAACUAAACAGCAAGGCAUUGCGUAUCCAGGCUAAGUAUGGCGUUACACCAAUGGAUGACAAGAAGAAAGAAGAACCAAAAAGUAAGGCAUUCACUAAUACGAAGACAACCAUUUAACAUGCCAAAUAUGCCUGUAAAAUUUUUCUUGUGUUAGGACUGAAUUAUUUUUAUAUGCAAUAUAUAUAUUAAUUUUAUUAAAGCUAAGUAUAAAUGAUUGUGCCA